GGCACAGGUGAGGAACUCAACUCAAACUCCUCUCUCUGGGAAAACGCGGUGCUUGCUCCUCCCGGAGUGGCCUUGGCAGGGUGUUGGAGCCCUCGGUCUGCCCGGUCUGGUCUCUGGGGCCAAGGCUGGGUUUCCCUCAUGUAUGGCAAGAGCUCUACUCGUGCGGUGCUUCUUCUCCUUGGCAUACAGCUCACAGCUCUUUGGCCUAUAGCAGCUGUGGAAAUUUAUACCUCCCGGGUGCUGGAGGCAGUUAAUGGGACAGAUGCUCGGUUAAAAUGCACUUUCUCCAGCUUUGCCCCUGUGGGCGAUGCUCUAACAGUGACCUGGAAUUUUCGUCCUCUAGACGGGGGACCUGAGCAGUUUGUAUUCUACUACCACAUAGAUCCCUUCCAACCCAUGAGUGGGCGGUUUAAGGACCGGGUGUCUUGGGAUGGGAAUCCUGAGCGGUACGAUGCCUCCAUCCUUCUCUGGAAACUGCAGUUCGACGACAAUGGGACAUACACCUGCCAGGUGAAGAACCCACCUGAUGUUGAUGGGGUGAUAGGGGAGAUCCGGCUCAGCGUCGUGCACACUGUACGCUUCUCUGAGAUCCACUUCCUGGCUCUGGCCAUUGGCUCUGCCUGUGCACUGAUGAUCAUAAUAGUAAUUGUAGUGGUCCUCUUCCAGCAUUACCGGAAAAAGCGAUGGGCCGAAAGAGCUCAUAAAGUGGUGGAGAUAAAAUCAAAAGAAGAGGAAAGGCUCAACCAAGAGAAAAAGGUCCCCGUUUAUUUAGAAGACACAGACUAACAAUUUUAGAUGGAAGCUGAGAUGAUUUCCAAGAACAAGAACCCUAGUAUUUCUUGAAGUUAAUGGAAACUUUUCUUUGGCUUUUCCAGUUGUGACCCGUUUUCCAACCAGUUCUGCAGCAUAUCAGAUUCUAGACAAGCAACACCCCUCUGGAGCCAGCACAGUGCUCCUCCAUAUCACCGGUCAUACACAGCCUCAUUAUUAAGGUCUUAUUUAAUUUCAGAGUGUAAAUUUUUUCAAGUGCUCAUUAGGUUUUAUAAACAAGAAGCUACAUUUUUGCCCUUAAGACACUACUUACAGUGUUAUGACUUGUAUACACAUAUAUUGGUAUCAAAGGGGAUAAAAGCCAAUUUGUCUGUUACAUUUCCUUUCACGUAUUUCUUUUAGCAGCACUUCUGCUACUAAAGUUAAUGUGUUUACUCUCUUUCCUUCCCACAUUCUCAAUUAAAAGGUGAGCUAAGCCUCCUCGGUGUUUCUGAUUAACAGUAAAUCCUAAAUUCAAACUGUUAAAUGACAUUUUUAUUUUUAUGUCUCUCCUUAACUAUGAGACACAUCUUGUUUUAUUGAAUUUCUUUCAAUAUUCCAGGUGAUAGAUUUUUGUUGUUUUGUUAAUUAAUCCAAGAUUUACAAUAGCACAACGCUAAAUCACACAGUAACUACAAAAGAUUACAUAGAUAUGAAAAGAUUGGCAGAUGCCAUUGCAGGAUGAAUCACUUGUCACUUUUCUUCUGUGCUGGGAAAAAUAAUCAACAAUGUGGGUCUUUCAUGAGCAGUGACGGAUAGUUUAGCUUACUAUGUUUCCCCCUCAAUUCAAUGAUCUAUAACAACAGAGCAAAAUCUAUGCUCAUUUGCAGACUGGAAUCAUUAAGUAAUUUAAUAAAAAGAUUGUGAAACAGCAUAUUACAAGUUUGAAAAUUCAGGGCUGGUGAAAAAAAAUCAACUCUAAAUGAUGAUAAUUUUGUACAGUUUUAUAUAAAACUCUGAGAACUAGAAGAAAUUAUUAACUUUUUUCUUUUUAAAUUCUAAUUCACUUGUUUAUUUUGGGGGAGGAAGACUUUGGUAUGGAGCAAAGAAAUACCAAAACUACUUGAAAUGGAAUAAAACCAACUUUAUUCUUUUUUCCCCCCAUACUGGUAGAUAAAGCAAACUUUGUAAGUGGGCUAUUGAAAGAAAAGUUACAAGCUUAAAAUACAGAAGCAUUUGUUCAAAGGAUAGAAAACAUCGAAAAGUUUAGGCUCAAGAUCAAUCUUUACAGACUGAUAUUUUCAGUUUUUAAUCGACUGGACUGCAGAUGUUAUUUCUUUUAACAAACUGGAAUUUUCAAACAGAUUAUCUGUAUUUAAAUGUAUAGACCUUGAUAUUUUUCCAAUACUAUUUUUUAAAAAAUUGUAUGAUUUACAUAUGAACCUCAAUUCUGAAAUUCAUUACAUAUCUGUCUCAUUCUGCCUUUUGUACUGUCUAAAAAAGCAAAGUUUUAAAGUGCAAUUUUAAAACUGUAAAUUACAUCUGAAGGCUAUAUAUCCUUUAAUCACAUUUUAUAUUUUUUCUUCACAAUUCUAACCUUUGAAAAUAUUAUAACUGGAUAUUUCUUCAAACAGAUGUCCUGGAUGAUGGUCCAUAAGAAUAAUGAAGAAGUAGUUAAAAAUGUAUGGACAGUUUUUCCGGCAAAAUUUGUAGCUUAUGUCUUGGCUAAAUAGUCAAGGGGUAAUAUGGGCCUGUUGUUUAGUGUCUCCUUCCUAAAGAGCACUUUUGUAUUGUAAUUUAUUUUUUAUUAUGCUUUAAACACUAUGUAAAUAAACCUUUAGUAAUAAAGAA